AUUCUGAUUCUUCGGUCUGUAAGUCACAUGUUUGUAUGAAAUCCUGUUCUUUAAUGGUGAAUAGUUCAAGGGUUUUCUUCAAAAUUUGAUUUGGUAUCAGGUUACGAUAUAAAGAUUUCAACUUUUGAAUCUUGGAUCUGAUAACUUUUUAGCUUGAAAAGUUCUCACUGUUUCUUUUGAGCUUUUUAAGGUUCUUCAGUUCUUGAACCUUUUACUUGCUGUUUGAUUCCUCCAAAUGGCGUUUUUUGAUGUUAAGUUUGGUGAACAAGAACUGAUUCGUGCUGUUGUCCCGUUAUUGAAGCUUUUAUGUCUUACUGUUAUUGGUAUACUUCUUGCACACCCAAGAACACAACUCGUCCCCAAAUCCACUUUCAAGCUUCUUAGCAAGCUCGUUUUUGCCCUUUUUUUGCCCUGCACAAUCUUUAUUCAUUUGGGUGAAUCGGUUUCUCUGAAGAAUUUGGCUUUAUGGUGGUUUAUACCAGUGAAUGUGAUCAUCAGUACUGUAAUUGGCUGUGUUUUGGGGUUGCUGGUGGCGGUGAUUUGCCGGCCGCCGCCGGAGUUUUUCCGAUUCACGGUCAUCGUGACUGGAUUUGGGAACACGGGUAAUCUAAUUCUCGCAAUCGUUGGUUCGAUUUGUCAUGAUUCGGACAACUCGUUCGGUCCAUAUUGCCAUACAAAUGGUACAGCUUAUGUAUCUGUAGCUCAGUGGGUAUCUGUGUUUUUAGUUUAUACCUUGGUUUACCAUAUGAUGGAACCUCCAAUGGAGUAUUAUGAAGUUGUUGAAGAAGACGGUGAAAUCGAGAUCGUUCGCGAGGAUUUACGUGCGAACGAUCUCAGCAGGCCACUCCUGCACGAAGCGGAAUGGCCUGGUAUAGAAGAUAAAGAAACCAAGCAUUGUAAAACGCCCUUUAUCGCACGGGUUUUCGCGAACGUGUCGGAUUUCUCACAGACUUCCAUACCCGACCCCGAUUCGCUAGAAGACGGUCACGAGCGGCCGAGAAGCCCGAAGUCGAUUAGGUGUUUAGCCGAGCCACGGAUGGUUAGAAAGAUUAGAAUAGUGGCUGAGCAAACCCCGGUUCGACAUAUCCUUCAGCCGCCAACGAUUGCCACAUUUCUAGCUUUAGUCAUCGGGUUGGUUCCGUUUUUGAAGUCGAUCGUGUACGGUGACGACGCACCGCUAUCGUUCUUGACCGAUAGUCUAGACAUAGUGGCUGGAGCCAUGGUCCCUUCAGUGAUGCUGGUUCUUGGAGGCAUGAUUGCCGAAGGUCCUAACGAAUCUAAACUCGGAAUACGGACCACAAUCGGGAUUCUAGUCGCACGGCUCUUGAUUCUUCCGACGCUAGGAAUAGGAGUCGUUUUAUUGGCUGAUAAACUGAAUUUGCUGAUUGAAGGCGACCGGAUGUUCCUAUUUGUGCUUCUGUUGCAAUACACCACACCAAGUGCGAUCUUAUUUGGUGCGAUCUCUAGUUUGAGGGGCUACGCGGUUAGCGAAGCCUCGGCGCUCCUUUUCUGGCAGCACGUUUUCGCGCUGUUUUCUCUUUCGAUGUAUUCCAUCGUCUACUUCAAGUUGCUGAUGUCGUAUGUCUGACGAAUGAUCUGUAAUCAUGCACAUCUGUGGUCAGAUCUGUGCGAAAAUGGUGUUCGCCGGACUAAAAUUCAAGUAGCGGUGCCGGAUCGUCGACGGUUCGUAUUUGUUGAUCAGGUUUUGAACAGAUAUUGAUGCAUGUAUUGUUUGAUUUCAUGAUUCAUCUCAUUUGUGUAUGGAGAAGUAGUAAGAUUAGGUUGUCAGCAAGUAUGGAACUUGGAAGAUUCUUGAAGAACUGUUGCAUCAGUAUCUUGUACAUCAUGCUUUAGUAGCUGUACACUGCUCUAUAUUUGGAAAAUGGUGUACUGUUAACUUGUAAAUAUGCACUUUAUUCGGUUAGCUAUA